AUGAAGACCAAUGAUAUUGCCUUAAUUGAAUUGUCUGAACCAUUAUAUUUGAAAAAACACCAUGGUUAUCUGAAAGCAGUUUCUAUGCCCAAACAAAAUCAAAUACUAUCGCCGCGACUACAUUGUGUGGCAACCGGUUGGGGUAGAGUUAAGUUUGACGGACAAACAUCAAAAAUUUUACAAGAGGUCGUACUACCCAUUUUUGAUGGCAACAAAUGCGAACAAAUUUGGAAAGAUUUAUCAUUAAACAAAAAUUAUCAAAUUUGUGGCGGAUAUGAAUUGGACGAAACUUAUCAUACGUGUGAAGGUGAUAGUGGCGGACCAUUAAACUGUCAAUUAGAUACCGGUGCUUGGGUUAUUGCCGGCAUUAAUUCAUAUGGCUAUGAUUGCGGUAAAGAUGGAGUUCCCGAUGUUUUUACUAGAGUUUCCGGUUAUCGCCAGUGGAUCGAUGAUAAUAUGAAACCUAAGAAGAAUUAUUUUAAAAAAUAA